UUUUGGGUAAAAUGUGGAACGAUACACAUAAAAAUAAAUUUUAUUAAAACUAUUAAUUUCUGGACAUGUUUGAUUUCCAUAUGUCUUAGUCCAUUUUCUGUGGCUAUAACAAAAUACUGAGGUUGGGACUUGGUGAAGAAAAGGGGUUUAUUUAGCUCACAGUUCUGAAGGUUCAGGGGUAUAGCUCCAGCAUCUGGUUGACUCUGUUGAUGACACCAGGUCUGAUGACAGCACAACGGCAGGAGUGUGUUUAGAAGAGGAAUUCAGGGGAGCUGCCAGGCUCACUUUAACAACCUGUUCCAACAGGAACUAAUCUAAUCCUAUAGGACCCGACCCACUCCCAGAGCAUUAAUCCAUUCAUGAGGGUGGAGUCACCUGGCCUAAUUCCCUUUCUUAAAGGGUAUGCCACCUCAAUACCACCACACUGAGGACCAAGCUUCCAGCAUAUGAGCCUCUGGGGAACAAACCACAGCUUUGUAGUAUUUUGGCUAAGGAAGACAUUUAUUUUGAGUUUUGGCUGGCUGUUAGAAAGGCAUGCCAUAUAAAUAUUGAUGGCCCAACAUAUAUAUGGUGCAGUAAAAUAUGACAGACCAAUGGAGAAGAUCUGUCAGCCAGAAUGACGACUUGGUAGGAAGUCACAAAAUAUUCAAGAAAUUCAUGUGUAAAUAUUAAAGAGACUCUAGAUCCUCACUUCUUAGAAUGUGGUCCAGGGACCUGGGAGCUUGUUAGAAGUGUAGAAUCACAGGUCAACUAGAAUACCGAAUUGAGAUUCCUACCUAUAUUAAAGUUUAUGAAGUGCUGGUCUAGAUUUCAUAAUCAACCACUAACAAGACUGACCAUAUCUUUCAUUUCCUUAAAUCCUGAAGUUUCUUCUUCAGUUCUGGGAUGUUGAACAAAGUCCUAGGUUUUGUUUUUCCAGGACUUGGAAAGUCAGUCGUGUCUCAAGCAUCUGUCCUGUUGCUGGACACCUCCCUGAAGGCCUUUGCAUUAUCUCUGCCUGUGUUGGUGUCUUAGAGACAACAGAAAACUACACUGUCAGAGUUCUGGAGGCUAAAAGUCUAAAAUCAAGAUGUCAACAGGGCCUUGUUACCCCUGAAGGCUGGGGGAGGAUCCGUCCUUCUUUCUUCAGCUUGUAGAAGAUCCAGAAAGGUACCAUGCCAGUGGAAAGGAUGCGGAUGCGCCCAUGGCUGGAAGAACAGAUAAAUUCAAACACAAUACCAGGGCUAAAGUGGCUUAAUAAGGAAAAGAAGAUUUUCCAGAUCCCCUGGAUGCAUGCGGCUAGACAUGGGUGGGAUGUGGAAAAAGACGCACCACUAUUUAGAAACUGGGCCAUCCACACAGGAAAGCAUCAGCCAGGAAUAGAUAAACCUGAUCCCAAAACAUGGAAGGCGAAUUUUCGAUGUGCCAUGAAUUCUUUGCCCGAUAUCGAAGAAGUUAAGGAUAAAAGUAUAAAGAAAGGAAACAAUGCCUUCAGAGUAUACCGGAUGUUGCCCUUAUCUGAACGACCUUCUAAGAAAGGAAAGAAACCAAAGACAGAAAAAGAAGACAGAGUUAAGCACAUCAAGCAAGAACCAGUUGAGUCAUCUUUGGGGCUUAGUAAUGGAGUAAGUGAUCUUUCUCCUGAGUUCGCGGUCCUGACUUCAGCUAUAAAAAAUGAAGUGGAUAGUACGGUGAACAUCAUAGUUGUAGGACAGUCCCAUCUGGACAGCACCAUCGAGGAUCAAGAGAUUGUUACUAAUCCGCCAGACAUUUGCCAAGUUGUGGAGGUGACCACCGAGAGUGAUGAGCAGCCAGUCAGCAUGAGUGAGCUGUACCCUCUGCAGAUUUCCCCCGUGUCUUCCUACGCAGAAAGCGAAACUACCGACAGCGUCCCCAGCGACGAGGAGAGCGCUGAGGGGAGACCACACUGGCGGAAGAGGAACAUUGAAGGUAAACAGUACCUCAGCAACAUGGGGACACGGAGCACCUAUCUGCUGCCCAGCAUGGCGACCUUCGUCACUUCCAACAAGCCGGAUCUCCAGGUCACCAUCAAGGAGGAGAGCUGUCCGAUGCCUUACAACAGCUCCUGGCCCACGUUUCCUGAUCUCCCCCUCACUCCCUCCGUGACCCCUGCAUCCAGCAGCAGUCGGGACCGAGAGACUCGGGCCAGUGUCAUCAAGAAGACGUCAGACAUCGCCCAGGCCCGUGUCAAGAGCUGCUAAGCCCUUGAGUCUCCCCGGUGGUUGUUGGGAUUUCUUGGCUUUGUGUUGUUGUUUGUUUGUGUUUUAUUUUUCUUUCUGACACCUAUUUUAGACAAAUCUAAGGGAAAAAGCCUUGACAAUAGAACAUUGAUUGCUGUGUUCAACUCCAGCCCUGGAGCUUCUUUUUAACUCAGGACUCCAGCCCCUUGGUAGACGCCGUGUCUCUAGAGCCUGCUGGAUCUCCCAGGGCGACUCCCUCAAGUUCAAGGACCAACAGCCACACGGGCAGUGGAGGUGCUGCGUUGCCUAUGGUCAAGGCCAGCGUGGUGGAGUGGAUGCUUCAGAAUGGACGAGAAAAUGUGAACUAGCUGGAAUUUUUUAAUCUUUGUGAAUAUGUACAUAGGGCAGUACUAGCGACGCUGCAGUCUGCUUCUGCACCUUAUCUUAAAGCACUUAUGAUAGGCCUUCUUAUGAUCUUGCUCUAUUCCACAGCACAUUCAUCGUCCCCUUCUCUGCCCUUUACCCUCCACCCAUCCCUUCCCAUCCCCUCCCACACGGUUCCUUUCCUCCUUUUCCUCCCCUCAGAGGCUGUGAUCCACAUCCUGGAGGAGGAGGAGGAGGAGAAAAUGAACUUCUCCACAGAUGUCCCAUUUUUAAGACUGCUUGGAGGAAAAAAAAAAAUCUUUCUAAUCUGCUAUGCUUGAAUGCCACGCGGUACAAAGGAAAACUAUCAUGGAAAUAUUAUGCAAAUUCCCAGAUUUGAAGACGAAAAUACUCUAAUUCUAACCAGAGCAAGCUUUUUUAUUUUUUAUACAGGGGAAUAUUUUAUUCAAGGUAAAAUUCUAAAUAAAAUAUAAUUGUUUUUUAUCUUUUCUACAGCAAAUUUAUAAUUUUAAGAUUCCUUUUCUUGUUUAUCAGCAGUUGUUAUUACAUCCUUGUGGCACAUUUUUUUUUUAAUUUUGUAAAGGUGAAAAAAAAGCUUUUAUGAGCUCAUGUAGCAAUCAGAUUAUCCUGUGGAUUGAUAAUAAAUGAAUAUGAUAUAUAGUUAAAUUUUUAACGGGCA